AUGAUUGCAGGUUUAGAACUGGCUAAGGGCUUGGGAGACGAAAUCAUAGAGGCCAAGUGCGCUUCUCUCCUGGUGGUCAACCAAGUGAAUGGAACAUUCGAAGUUAAGGUCGACCGAAUGCAGAGAUACCUAGAAAAACUGCAAGUUGUCCUUCGCCGGUUCAAGGAAUGGACAUCGAAACACGUGCCUCGAGAUCAAAAUAAUGAGGCAGAUGCCCUUGGAAACUUGGGAUCAUCGGUAGAAUCGGAUGGGUUCAAUUCUGGAGUUGUGGUGCAGUUGAUGAGAUCGUUCAUCGAGACCGGUCAUGCCGAGAAAAACUCGACUAAUCUCACUUGGGAUUGGAGGAACAAAUACAUAGACUAUCUUCAAAUAGGGAAGCUAUUAUCCGAUGCCAAAGAAUUAAGGGCCCUCCGAACCAAAACAGCUAGAUUUUGUUUGGUCGAUGGCCAUUUAUAUCGAAGGUCGUUCCACGGUCCCUUGGCGAGAUAUCUAGGGCUAGGAGAAAUCGACUACGUUAUGAGGGAAAUUCACGAGGGGACUUGUGGAAACCAUUCGGGAGCCGACUCACUGGUCCGCAAUCUGAUCAGAGAAGGUUACUAUUGGAACGAGAUGGAGGAGGACGCCAAAGCCUUCGCUCGAAAGUGCAAUGAAUGCCAAAGGCACGCUCCAUCAAUACAUCAACCAGGGGAAGAGCUUCAUUCGGUUGAAGCACAGGCACUCGAGAAGGUCAGGAAGAAAGAAGUUAUUGAUUUCAUUUAUGACCAUAUAAUCUGUCGAUUCAGGGUACCCGCGAAAAUCGCAUGCGAUAACCGGAAGCAGUUCAUUGGCAGCAAGGUCAGCAAGUUUUUCGAAGAAUACAAGAUCAAGAAGAUCUUGUCCACCCCGUAUCACCCAAGCGCAAACGGCCAGGCUGAAUCUACCUAUAAGAUUAUACUGCAGAAUCCAAAGAAAAAACUAACUGGCUCUAAGCAUCGGUGGAAAGAGGUUCUGCCCGAGGUCUUAUGGGCCUACCGCACGACGAUAAGAUCAAGCACCGGGGAAAGUCCGUUCUCCCUGGUAUACGGAGCUGAGGCUCUAAUACCCGUCGCAGUUGGUGAACUAAGCUUAAGAUUCCAAUAUGCCACUGAAGACUCGAAUCAUGAAGCAAUGUCUGCUAGACUGAAUCUCGUGGACGAAAAGAGGGAAGCUGCUUAUAUCUGGAUAACCUCACAAAAACAAAGGAUGCAAAAAAAUUAUAACUGA